AUGUUUCAACCACUAUCCUCCCACCCCAUCUACCCACCACCGGCAUACUCGCCACACGACCGACCACCACCCUACACGCGCUCAGACCGCCGUAUAGACUCCCCUCCACCACAAUCACCAUCACCAUCAUCGUCAUCAUCCGGUCUGACCGUCUGGGGAGAAGAGGACCUUGAAGCCGCCUUGGCCCGGCCACCACCACCACACCACCACCCAGCAACGUUCCCCAUAAUCUUAGCAGGCAACAACGAGCCGUUGUCUGCUGAAAGGGCCGUUUUACCGCAUCUGUGGCUGGCUGCACCAGGUGGUGGGCAAGUCAGUCUUUGGAGGAGGAUGCGGAGGAGUAGGCACGGCAGCGCUUUUAAUGUGUAUGUGGUGUUAUUCGUUGUUAUUGCUUUGGUUGCAGUUUUGGCGGUGUUGGUGGAUAGGAAUGGGGGUUCUAAGCGAUGA